UCAUAUAGUCAUUUGACUCGAUCCAUCGAAAAGCUCUCUGUCUCUCUCUUCACGGACUUCCUUAUAUAAAAUUUGUUUUCAACAGCUUUUGAAUUUAGCCUUUGAAUUUUUGAAUCUGUCGAUGCUCUGCAAAAUAUACCGUUUUGAUUCUUCACCUUGACAGUUCACAGUAGUCAUUUUGAAUUUGAUCAACACCCCCAUAUAGUAACCCACUUUCCACGACAAGAAAUUCAGUGCCCAAGAAUUUUCUCGGAAAAUUCCGUCUAGCUGAGAACUUGCUUGGUGGGCUUUGGUUUUUGGGUCCAAAGAACGGUUCUUUCACUUCUGAAAGGAUGAUCUCGAGUCUUACCUAGUUGUGUCAUGGAGAGAAAGAUGCGAAGACUCUCAAGCUCUCCUGGGUUUAUGGUGCUCAUAUCCAGGCUUUGAUUAAGGUGGUUUCUAUAGAAAUACUUGUUUCUAAAGAAAAAGUAUGGUUGCUAAAGAACGUCCAUGUACUACAGACUCUCCUAAACCUGAGGUGGGAGAGAUAGACACCAGCGCACCAUUUCAAUCUGUUAAAGAUACUGUCAACCUCUUUGGUGAAGGUGCUUUCUCAGGGGAAAGGGCCUCCAUCAAGAAGCCGAGACCUCAUUCUGCAGAGAGGGUAUUAGCCAAGGAAACACAACUUCACUUGGUCAAGAAAGAAUUUGACAAGUUAAAGGAAAGACUGAAGAAUGCUGAAACUACAAAGGCUGCAGCUUUGGUAGAGUUAGAGAAGGCUAAGAGAACAGUUGAUGAACUGACCCUUAAUCUAAAUGCUGUCAAUGAAUCCAAGGAUUUAGCAACCAGGGCAACAGAAGCUGCAAAGAAUCAGGCAAAGCAGAUUGAAGAAGCAAACUGUGGCCAACCUCUCGAAUCUGAUGUUGCCAGGACAAAUGACCUUGAUUCUGCGCAGGAGCAGUACGUGGCUGUGUUUAGUGAACUUGAUGCUGCAAAGCUAGAACUACGGAAAAUACGACGGGAUUGUGAUGCAUCAUUGGAAGCAAAAAGUGCUGCUUUCAAUCAAGCCACAGAAGCGGAACAUGCAGCCAAAGCUAACGUUGAGAAAUUUGGGGAGCUCUCUAAGGAGAUUUCAGCUUUACAGGAAUCUAUUGGGCAAGUGAGGCUUGCAUCUCUGGAAGUCGAACAGGAGCAAGCAAAAAUAUUUGCUGAAAAGGAUGUACAAAGGCAGUCAUAUAAAGCCACAUUGGAAGAGUCAACACAGAAGCUACUUGCUUUGAAAAAUGAUUUUGAUACUGUACUUGCCCUAAAUCUUGAAGCACAAUUGGCUGAAGCACAAAAUGAGAUUGAGGCACUGCAAAAGCAGAUGGAAAAUUCAAAGGCAUCGGAUCUGGAUUCUGUGAAAACUGUCACUUUGGAGUUUGAUGAUGCCAAGAAUUCACUGCAGAAAGUAGCAGAAGAGGAAAGCUCCCUGCGGAAUUUGGUGGAAUCUCUCAAGCUGGAGCUGGAGAAUGUGAAGAAGGAGCAUUGUGAACUGAAAGAGAAGGAGACAGAAACUGAAUCCAUUGCUGGGAAUUUACAUGUCAAGCUCUGUAAAAGCAGGUCCGAGCUUGACUCUUGGCUGGCUGAAGAAUCCAAAGCAAGAAAUGCUACUGAAGAAAUGAUCUCUACUCUUCACCAACUAUCAUUGGAAACUGAAAAUGCGGCACUAGAAGCAGAAGAGAUGAAGAACAAGGCUGAGGAGCUGAGGAAGGAGGCUGAGGCAACCAAAAUUGCACUUGAAGAGGCAGAGAAGAAGCUUAGAGUUGCUCUAGACGAGGCUGAGGAAGCAAAAGCAGCAGAGGGAUCAGCCCUUGAUCAGAUUAAGACCUUGUCAGAGAAAACUACUGCUGCUCGUGCCUCAACUUCUGAAUCAGGGGCUAAGAUCACAAUCUCUAGGGAAGAAUUCGAGUCUUUGAGUCGGAAAGUGGAGGAGUCUGACACAGUAGCAGAAAUGAAAGUCGCUGCUGCCAUUGCUCAGGUUGAAGCUGUUAAGGCUAGUGAAAACGAGGCCGUCAAGAGGUUAGAGGCAACUCAGAAGGAGAUUGAGGAGAUGAAGGCUGCAACCAAGGAGGCUUUAAAGAGGGCGGAGAUGGCCGAAGCAGCUAAAAAGGCAGUGGAGGGAGAACUUAGAAGAUGGCGUGAAAGAGAGCAAAAGAAGGCUGCGGAAGCCGCUUCUUGGGCGCUAGCUGAAAUGGAGAUGUCUUCAGAAUCAUCCCCACACCACUAUAGGAUCCAUAAGCAAAACCAAACUGAGAAAAUUAUGGAGGCCACUAAAUAUCAAAACGAGAGAAGUUUUACUUCAAGGAAGGUGCUUCUCCCUACAUUCACCGGUAUUUUUCACCGUUUAAAGAACCAAAGUUGAUGGCGGGUCUCCUUCAUAUCUGCCUGGUGAGAAGCCUGUGUGAGAUUUCUGUUUGCUGAACCAAGGUGUGAAUUAUGAGGUGAUUGAGAAAGAAAAUAUUUCGGGACUUGCUCGGUUGUGUACAUAUUCAAGACCAGUGGAAUCAAAUUUCUAUGUUGUUGCCAUUUUGAGCAGUAUAGAAUUGUAGGGUCUAGGAGUUACAUGUUCACACACUAUGUGGAGUUAAGGUUUGUGUACAUUAUGUCUGUUUCUUGUGCAUGGGACCUCUGAGGAAUGAAAGGAUGAAUCUCAAUGAAAAAUGAAAACUUUUGUUUUAGGGCA